AGAAGACAGAAAUGCCACGAGAAAGUCAGAAAAAUAAAAUUAUAGCUUCUUUAUGUGAAAAUCAUGCAUUGGCUCUAUUAGGAGUUGAAUCAAUAUGAGCUGUUUGCUGAGCAACAGAAGAAGCGUUCAUUUCGGCUUACCAAAAUGUUCCAGUUGGCAGCGAUAUGUGCUAAGGAAUCUUGACGAAAGCAGAUUCAAUCAGAUGCUUCGUGUUCGCCCGGAGGAAUGCGAACGUAUCUUAGAAUUAAUUAAAAAUGACGCUGUUUUUAAGACAAGUUCAAGUACUUCACAACUUCCAAUCGAACUGCAACUCAAAAUAGUGCUGUAUCGGUUGGGAUCUUCCGGCGAUGGACAAUCUGUUCGAAAAGUGGCUUCCUUAUUUGGUGUGGAUGAUGGACGCACUAUUAAAAAUGUAACGCAACGAAUUUUUACAGCCAUAUUGCGAUUAAAAAAUGAGUUUUUAUACUGGCCCAAUGAAAGAGAAAGACUGGAAAUUGUGUCCGCAACUUCGAAAGAAAUGCCAGGGUGUGUGGGUUACAUCGAUGGUUCCGAAAUAAAAUUAGCUGAAGCACCAGUUAUGCAGCAUGAAAUUUACUAUUCUCGUAAACGUCAAUAUUCUGUAAAACUACAAGCGAUUUGUGACUAUAAAUUGCGCAUAAGACAGGUGACGAUUGGUUACCCAGGCAGUGUACAUGACGCGAAAAUAUUUUCAAAUUGUUCACUAGCAAAGCAUCCGGAACGAUUCUUGUCGACAUCACAGUGGGUCGCGGGAGAUAGUGCCUAUCCACUGAAACCAUAUUUAAUAACGCCCUUCCGGCAAAACAGUGUUGAACAUAGAAAAGAAGAAAGGGAUUUAUUCAACGCGUAUUUUUCCAAAUACCGUGUACGAAUUGAGAAUUGUUUUGGACUUUUGAAAGAGAAAUUCGGUAGUUUAAAGGAGCUUAAAUUUAGAAUGCUUUCAACGUCAAAUAAGAAGGAAUGCAAUGACUGGAUUAUGGUGUGUUGUAUUCUUCACAACAUGUUAUUCAGUUUCGAUAUAGAUAAUGAAAACAACAAUGAAGUUUUGAUGCCUCAAUUCCCUUUAUCAUCAGAAAAUAAUAUGAGAAAUUGCUUGCUUCUCGCCUGCCCCACACCACACCCACACCCAUCACUAACACGCACACUCACCACACUCACCUCGACAUCACCACACUCCACAUCAACACCACCCACACGCGCGAGCGCAGGAUCCACACACUAA